AUGGCCGCCACCACCGGCACAGCAACGCCGGACGCCGUGGCGCCGCCGCCGAGAAAGACGCCGCUCGAGCACCCGACGGCCGACAGCAAGCCGGCGCCCCGGCCGGAGCUGACGGCGGAGCAGACGGCCAAGUACGAGGCGCUGCUGGACAAGGCCCGCAACUACACGGACAUCAAGUGCGACGAGAAAAAGGCCGCGGGCAAGUCGGGCCCCGUGACGGAGUCGGAGCGGGCGUGGCUCACGCGCGAGUGCCUGCUGCGGUACCUGCGGGCGACCAAAUGGAGCAGCGCCGAGGACGCGUCGCGGCGGCUGCUGGCGACGCUGGCGUGGCGCCGCGAGUACGGGCUCGAGGCGCUGACGGCCGAGUACAUCUCGCCGGAGCAGGAGACGGGCAAGCAGAUCGUGGCGGGCUUCGACCGCGAGGGCCGGCCGUGCCAGUACCUCAACCCGGGGCGGCAGAACACGGACGCGAGCCCCCGCCAGAUCCACCACCUCUUCUACAUGGUGGAGCGCGUCGUCGACGUGAUGCCCCCGGGCGUCGAGUCGCUGAGCCUGCUCAUCAACUUUAAGCCCAGCAAGCAGAGGCAGAACACGAGCGUGCCCAUCUCCACGGCGAGGGAGGUGCUGCACAUCCUGCAGAACCACUACCCGGAGCGGCUGGGCAAGGCCCUCAUCAUCAACGUUCCGUGGAUCGUCCAGGGCUUCUUCAAAAUCAUCACCCCCUUCAUCGACCCCGUCACGCGCGGCAAGCUCAAGUUCAACGAGGACAUGCGCCAGUACGUGCCGCCCGAGCAGCUGUGGAGCACCGACUGGAACGGCGACAUGGACUUUGAGUACGACCACGAGGCGUACUGGCCGGCGCUCAACGACAUGUGCCGCGCGCGCCGCGAGGCCAAGAUGGCGCGGUGGCGGGCCGCGGGCGGCGUCGUGGGCGAGUCGGAGGACUACCUCGCGGGGGGCACCGACGUGAGCGUCUCGGGGUUGCGGUACGAGGGAGAGGCGGUGGUGCCGGCCGCUGGUGCUGAUGCUGAGAAGGCGAAUGGGAAUGGCAAGAGCGAGAGCAAUGGGCGCGCGGACGCGAACGGCAGUGGGAAUGGGGUGGACGUCGUGCGGGAGAAGAUGGAGGCGGCGACGCUGAGCGGCGACAACGCGGCCACGGAGCACGAGGUGACGGCCAGCGCAGCGUGA